AUGGCUGAUUAUAACAAAAGUAAUGAUGAUUUAACAGAAAGCAUUGAUGAAUUAGAAUAUGGAGGAUAUAAUAUAAAAGAAAAUACCAUAUCUAAUAUUAUAGAUCUUUAAGAUAAAAUAAAAAUCAAAUAUAUUAGAAUUAUGCAUAGCGAGGCCCUCUAAAGUAUGAUUGGCUUAUCAAGAUUUACUAGAUUAGAAGAGAUAAAUUUGAGUUCUAAUAGUAUUAUCAAAAUAGAUGGUUUAGAUGGAUUGAGUAAUUUAAAAAUUCUCAAUUUAAGUUGUAAUAAAUUGAGUGAAUUGUCUGGCUUAGGAUCACUUUUUAGACUUGAAAAACUUAUCGUGUCUCAUAAUAAAAUAACAAACCUUUCAGGAUUAUAGCAAAUGGCUGGGCCAAACUAUAAUAUAAAGUCUAUUGAUUUAAAAAAUAAUAAGAUCAGAGAUGUAAAACAGCUCUAAUAUAUCCAAGAUUUGUCUAAACUGUAAGAAUUGUGUUUUGAAAUGGGAAAGAAUUCAAACCCACUAUGCACAGAAAAUCGUUCUAUAUAUCUUUAAGGUCUCACUUCUAUGAGAAAUUUUUAAAGGAUAUUAAGGAUUGAUGGAUAAACUCCAGAAAAUAUUAUUGAGAAUAUAAAAUAUUAAGGUCAAAUUCAGAAUUAGAAUUUCAAUAAUUUAAACAAUUUAGCUACUCUACCAAACUCAGGUAAUCAAGGCAGAAAUAUAUAGAUAGCAGAUUAAACUAACCCUAAAUCUGGUAAUUUAAAUGCCUUUCCUUCACAAGGCUAAAGACCAAUUAGCAAUCUCAUGAGUUUUAACGAUUAGAGUGCAAAUAAAAAAAUUUCAAUUGGAGAUUAAGGAGAUUUAAUUGGGGAUAACUUUAAAUGGAAAGGAGAUCAUUUAUAAAUGCAGUAAGAUUUGUAGUAAGCUCUUUAAAUUUAAAAGGAAUUGAUAAACAAGUAUGAGGUCAAUGACAAAUUUUGGGAAUAAAAAUAUGAAAAAUUGUAAGAAGAAUUCAAUUAAGUUCAAGAAGAUAAUAGAUAAAAAACUCAAAAAAUUAAGACUAUGAGUAAAGAAAAGUAAUUUUUAGAAGAGUAAAUUAGUGAGAUAAAAAAUGAAAGGAUAAGGAUGCUAAAUAAAACAGAAAAAAGAGAAGAAAUUGUUGAAACUCUCCAAUUACGUAUAACAGAUUUAAUUAAAGAGAAUGGAUAAUACCAUAGAGAAUUAGCAAUUAGAUAAGACUAAAUGGAUAAACAAGCAUCAGAAAUUAAGAAUUUGUAAGAAGACCUAAUUGAAAUGAGGGGAAGACUUAGAGAAAACGAGUAAACACUUAGUGAAUUCCAUAAAAAGGCUCUUGAUCAAACAAACUCUUACGUUACGAAGUACGAAUAGAUCAAUAAAAAAUAUGAAUAAGUUUUAGAAGAAAAUAAACUAAUGGCUAAUGAAAACGGGAUGCUUAAAACAAGAGUAUAAGAAUUACUGGAGAUUACAAGGGAAUGGGAAUACAAAUAUGAGAAGAAAGUAGAUGAAUUAAACUAUAAACACGAGUAGUAUAUUAGAGACAUAUAAUAAGAAUUUUCAUAAAGGGAACAAUCUUAAGAAAAAUAGCUAAGAGAAUGGGAGAAGGUCAAAGAGGAUGAAUUCAAAGAAAAUAUAGAGCUUAUGGAGCAAGAAUUUAAAAAAUACUUUUUAGAAAAUAAUAAUAGAUUUAGAGAACUCUCAAGAGCCUAUGAAGAGAAAUGCAAACAAGAGCAAGAUUCCCGUCAUUUGAUGAAAGUGGCUGUUUAGAAAAACUCUGACCAAGCUAAUCUUAUUGAAGAAUUGUAGAAUGCUUUGCUAAAGGUAAAAAAAGAAGUUUCUGAAAUUGUAAAUGAAAGAGAUGUAGCUCAAAAAGAGCUGGACACUAAAAAAUCUACUUAUAUGAGAGAGGUUUCAAGCUUAGAAGAGGAAAGAGAUAGGUUAUUGCAUGAUAAGCUAAGCUUAGAAAGACAAUUGCAAGAUAUUUAAGACAGAAAUAUGACUGAUAACCUUGAGCUUGAGAGGUUAAGAGCUAAAAUGAAAUACUUCGAAAAUAUAGAAGAAGAUUUAGAAAAAUGCUAAGAAACAGUUUAAGCUAAGAAUAUUAUGUUAGAAGAUAAAAAUGAUACGAUAGAAGACUUGAAAGAUCAGCUAGAACAGUCAAGAUAGAGAGAAUAAGUUUUAAAUGAUGAUUUUAAUAAGAUUUAAAAGAAGUAUGAGAAAUAAAACUAAAUCAUAGAGGCAUUAGAAGAAUAAUUAUAGCAAGCUAACGAGGAGGCAGAUAGUAUUAAUGAAGAAAAAAUAAAUUUAUAAAAAGAGUUGGAAAAGAAAAAAGAAAUUAUUGACAUAUUCUAGAAUGAAUUCAAUGAUAUAAAAAGUAAAUAAGAUAAAGAAAUAAAUGAAAAAAGUAAUAAAAUUCAAGAUUUAUUGUAUUUGCUAGAAGAGUGCAAGUAAAAUAUUCGUAGAAAAGAUGAGCAAAUAGCUGAUCUGCAAAAUGAAAUUAAAGAUAGGAAUGAGAAAUAUGAAGUUUAACUUAUAAUGUUGCAAAAUGAACAAAAACAAAAAGAUAAAGCUCUAAAAGAACUUCAAAAUAAAUACGAUGAAAGCUAGGAGGAUAUGAAAUAGCUAAUAAUAGAGUAUGAAAAGCAAAAAAAAUAAACAUUGGAACAAUUCUAAAAGUUAUAAAAGAAUUUGUUUAAUUUUUGA